AUGUCGGAUUCUGGACACCGAGACUCGAAUGAGGAGCUCAGAUAUUCAAACGAAGAGAAAAGGGCGUUUCUUCUCCCGAUAGUGGAAUAUGAACAACCAGAGAAGGUGCUUCCAGUAGCAGUGGGUCUGAGCCAUCGAUUCUGGUUCAGCACGGCUGUCAAUACCGUCUGCACAGCUCUGAUUGUCUUUCUCAACAAGCGCAUUUUCGAAGAUGCAUCUCUCCGACAUGCCCAAGUAGGCUUCGCCGCCUUUCACUUCGCCAUCACAGCUCUCCUCCUCUACAUCAUCUCCCGACCACAGAUCAACCUAUUCCAAGCCAAAAAAGUCGACCCGAUCCUAAUCCUCCCACUCGCCUUGGCCAUGAUCCCCAAUGUCGUGCUUCCGAACGCAUCACUAGCGAAUUCCAGCGUGCAAUUCUAUCAAGUCGCUAGAGUACUCCUUACUCCAUGCGUGGCAGCAAUCAACUAUUUCGCAUACCAGGAUGAAAUCUCGCGGAAAGCUGCUCUGACGUUGGUUCCAGUGUGCUUGGGGGUGGCGAUUGUAUCUUACUACGAUACAGCGUCUACAACGACAAACGAGGCCGAGGAAAAGAAGACUACGCCUGUUGGAGUCAUGUUCGCUUUGACUGGUGUUGUUGCCAGUUCUGUGUAUACUGUGUUGAUCAAGUCAUACCACAAGAAGUUGGAUUGUGAGAGUAAUCAGUUGCUGCUAAACCAGGCGCCACUUGGCGUUUUGGUCAUGCUUUACAUCAUACCUUUCUCGGACGAUGUAACAGCCUGCAAGUCAACGAGCUUGGAACUAUGGGGAUUGAUAUUGCUGAGCGGAAUUUGCGCCUGCUUGAUCAAUCUCUCACAGUAUGCGAUCAUCAAUGAAGGCGGGCCUGUUACGAGUACUGUCGUUGGUCAUUUCAAGACGUGCUUCAUUGUGUCUAUUGGAUGGAUAGUCAGUAAAAAGUCCAUCACAGACGGAAGUGUGCUUGGUGUUGUGAUGGCCGUGGGAGGAAUUAUCGGGUAUCAAUAUGUGAUUAAACCUCAGGAACGGAAAUGA